UGUCCUGCGAACCUUCGCGAGUGAAGCACCCGCCGGCCCGGAAGGCGCUAACGCGAACUACGGCCGCGGCAGCCAUCGUUCUUUGCAGUUCGGUGUCGGAGUGAAUAGUGCCGACUCCAAACAAGGAAUUGCGUUUUCUCCAACCGCAGACCUUAUAAGAUUUGGCUAUGUCCUUCAUAUUUGACUGGAUUUACAGUGGUUUCAGCAGUGUGCUACAGUUCUUAGGAUUAUAUAAGAAAACUGGUAAAUUGGUAUUUCUUGGAUUGGAUAAUGCGGGAAAAACAACAUUGCUACACAUGUUAAAAGAUGACAGACUUGGACAACAUGUGCCCACGUUACAUCCCACUUCAGAAGAACUAACCAUUGCUGGCAUGACCUUUACAACUUUUGAUCUGGGUGGACAUGUUCAAGCUCGAAGAGUGUGGAAAAACUACCUUCCUGCUAUCAAUGGCAUUGUAUUUCUGGUGGAUUGUGCAGACCAUGAAAGGCUGUUAGAAUCAAAAGAAGAACUUGAUUCACUAAUGACAGAUGAAACUGUUGCUAAUGUGCCUAUACUGAUUCUUGGGAAUAAGAUUGACAGGCCUGAAGCCAUCAGUGAAGAGAGGUUGCGAGAGAUGUUUGGUUUAUAUGGUCAGACAACAGGAAAGGGCAAUGUAUCUCUGAAAGAACUGAAUGCCCGGCCCUUAGAAGUUUUCAUGUGCAGCGUGCUCAAGAGACAAGGCUAUGGAGAAGGCUUCCGUUGGAUGGCACAGUACAUUGAUUAACACCAGCCCACAUCAGUUCCAGGUCUCACCAUUCAGGCCUACUCAGAGAUUUGAUCACUCAACAUGCAUAACUUGAAUUCAAUAGACUUUUAUUGUUGGUUAGAAAACAGAUGUUUUUUAGAUUAUUAAUAUUUUAUCAACUUAAUUUGAGUGAGAAUUGAAAACUGAUUCAAAUAAGUUUGAAUAUCACAAUGUUAGCUUUCUAAUUCCAUAAAAAUACUUAGUUUUUACAGUUUAUAAUGCGACAUUACCCCCAGCACCAUUUUUGAACAGCAACUUUCCAGAUGACAUUUGAAGCACUUUUUAACAACAUGAAACUACAAAUAGCAACCAUAUUUAAAAGCUCAUCAUGUUAAAUUUUUUAUGUAAUUUUUUGGAACUAGUUUUUAGAUUUUAGAUUAUAUGUCCACCUAUCUUUAGUAAGCAGUUAAUAAUAAGCUUAUAAAUGACUGCAUGAUGCCUUACAGUUUCAAUUAUUUUUUUCUUAUGCAAACGUCAUGCAAUAAAACAAACCCUAAUAUUUGGCAUCCUUGUUGGGCAAAUGUUUCAUUUUAAUGUGUCUUAUCUAGCUAGUAUGCUUUGAAGUUUUGCAUAUUUAAUAUUAAAUAUAUGAGGGUUGUGGGGAAAGGAGAUUGCUUUAAAAUAUUUAGGAUAAUGUUUUAAGUCCCUACAGGCUUUUGCAUUUAUCUAGAGACAAGUUAUGUUUGGUUGCACCUUAUACCACAUUUAUGUCUGAAUCAUGUAUAUUUUUAUCUGUAACACUACCAUUACCAGUGCUGAUGGGGUCCACGUCCUAGUCCCUGUGGGAUCGGCCUUCUGAAAAAAAGCACAUGUUCUGGUACAACCCAAGGUUAAUUUUUGGUUUGAUAAGCCAGUCCCAGUUGUCUAAUUCUGAAGUGCUCCAAUCUUAAUGGCACCCAGUUUGGUAAUCUGCCUUUUCACCAAAAAUAAUGACAGGCACCAGUCUCCCCACACUUAGAGGUACUCCCCAGUCUUACUUAAUGGUACUUAAUGGUAUUCAGCAGGGCAAGCGACACAUAGGGUGUUGUGCAGUUGCAUGGUGGAGGCCUGCAUCUGAGGAUGAAGGAAGCGUGUUCUGCUUCAGUUGUCACUGAGAUAUUUGAAGAUUUUGUUCCUGUCCUAUGGCUCUUUUUGCAUUUGGGGUAUGUUUUAUUUCUUGGUGGAAAGAAAAUGAAUCCAUGUAUUUAAUUUUCUUUUUUCUUAGUUAUUCUCAACCAGCUCUUACUUUAUAACACAAAGGCUUUUGUUUUUUGAUACCAUGCUUGCCACAUGAUAGUUUCUACAAGCCUCACUGGUAAGAUUUUCUAAUCAGAUUGUGGUUGGCUUUUUAAAGCAUUUUAAUUUCAUAAGAAAUUGAAUUCUUUUUUCCCAUAUGUCUGAGAUUCCCAUAAUUAGUUGAAAGACAAGUGCCAAAUAAUUAUUUUUAAAGACUCUGAAGAUGAAGAUUUCCUCUCUUGGUCAUAAACCGAAGUUUUAUAGUAUAUUUAACCAAUUCUAUUGAGAAUAGAUUGCUCCAGUUCCAUCAACAGUAAUUUUAAUAUCAGAAUUACUGUUUUCUUUAGCUCUUGUCCAAAUCAGAGUUAACUAUAGUCCUUUCUGUCAUCAAUAAUAUAAUAUUGUAUAUAAAGCAAAUAAGGAUUGAAAGAUAUGCCUGGAAGGAAUUACUAGUUAGCUAAACCAACAAGGUCAUUUCAUCAUGACAUUUGGUUUUAGGAAUUCAGCUAUUCUGUUUCAUUUUCAGCUUCCUUCUAAAGGAAAAUAAAAAAGCUUUCUCCCUGCCUAAAAACAUCAGUAACACCAGGGAAAAGUAGAAAUGACAUUCAGCCUCUUGGUUUAUUCUGCCAGAUAUGUUUAAAGUUCUCAUUUCUAACGUCUUGACUGAAGAGAAUUAAGCCUUAUUCAAAGUAAUUGCCUCUUGUUGAUGGUAUCUGUUUUCAAUAUUUACAGGGACAUGCUUUUCUUCAAGUAUUUCCUAGUAUCUAUUGUGAUAAUUAAGAAGUUAAUUAACUGUGUUAUAAAUCGUUUAAAAGAAAAAGCUUUCUGGUUUCUCUAGAGGGGAUUUGCUUUCUGGCACAAACUCUCUUGUUCCAGAACUCUCAUUCUAGGUCUGUCACUGGGAUCAAAGGAACAGUCACUUUGUGGACCACAGCUAAACUGUGGGUAUUUUCCCAAUGAUGUAAGAGUCUUCCAUAGUCUGAACCUCUGGAAAUGAAGCUGCACUUUCCUGCCAGCUGAAGGGAGAUGGACCUCAGAGUUCCCUAGCCAUUGGGCUUAUCAUCCAGCUCUGAGAGCUCCUUAGAAAACAGAGAGAGUCACUGCUUCCAUCAGGAGAAGCAAGUUAAGAGAAUGCCAAGAAAUGGCAAAAGCAUGUGGGAAAAAUAUAUACUCUGUAUGUGCCUGUGCAAGUGUGUACAUUUGUGGAGUAUUUUGGGGGUAAAUGUAGUUAAUUUUCUUCCCUCGGUAAAGUGUGAAAAUGUAAUUAACACUAUUAUAUACAUAAGACUGGAUUCCAUAUACAUCAGGAAGUGUUCAAGAGAUGUUUUAAAAUCUUAAAUCCAAAACUCUAAAAACAGAUGGCCUCAGCUGGCUUUUAUAUUUUUAAAAAGAUUCUUAACCCCAUACCUGUUUCAAUGACUGCUAUUAAUUAUACUUUUCUGUAACUGGUUAAAUUGAUGGAUUCCAGUUUAUCUUGAUGAAUUUUUAGAUUGGAGAUUAUAGCAUUUUUAAAAAUUGGGCACAGAUAUUCCCUGAAGAAUAUGAAAAAUAUUCUUCACUACUGACUUAGUUAACCCAGUAUCCUUGAGUGCCAAAGAAGUGUGAAUUCAGAUAUUGCCUGCAUAGAUCUAAAUUUUAGUUUUGUGUGCCUGUGUACAUAUACAACUUUACUGUGGUUUACAACAUAAACACAGAAUGUUGUUUCUUUUCUUUAGUUUUCAACUGGCUCACACUACAUGUAGUGCUUUCCAGCACAUAAACUACUUGGAAAUCACUGAAAUAGACUAAUAACUGUGAUAAAAGUGUUUCUUGUCUUCUGCAAAAUGAUUUGAUUAACCACAUUCAAAAUCCAGCAUUUUCACAAGCUCCGUCAUUAAAAACAGAAUACCUCCAGUUGAUGACUUGAGCUCGAGCAGACAGGUUUAUAUUUUCUGAACCUGUAUUUGGUAUGUGUCUCAAUGUGGCGUUUCAGUCUUGUUAGUCACUUACAUGACUGAAGUUUGCAAGGCUUCUAUCGCCAAAUAAAUUUUGAUCAGAGUACAAUGACAAAGCUAAUAUAAAAGAAAGUCUCUCAGAAUAUCGUGUGUUGAUUUAGAGUACAUUGUUUGAAUCAUUUUAAAUAUAUGUAAAAAUUGGUGAAGUUUCGAAAAAAUCUCCAAAACAACAUGAAAAAAUGAGAUUAGAAAAUAUAAAUUUCUGGAUAAAAUUAAUAAGAAUUAUAGGUUUUCUAUAAACCUUUAAAAAUUUUUUUUGUUACAGACAGUAAGAGUUCAGAAAACAUAUUUUAAAUUAAGGACUGAAUUCUCAAAGCCCAGUAUUAAUGUUUCUGGUCUUUCCAGUCACUGUCCUUUUGAAAUGCAAAUUAGUGUUUUUUAACCAAAAAAGAAAAAAAGAACAAGCUCUUAAAAAUAUGGGGCUGUGCCUCUGCAUAAAGUGAUUGGGAUUUUGUUAAAACCAUGUUUCUACUCUUGAACCCUAUAGCCAUUCCCCCUCACAUACCUCCAGCCCAUACCUGGAAAUCCUGAGUAUAAAGGGAAUUGACCUUUGUUAAUUUGACCAACUACUGACCAUCUAUUGAAGAUGCAGUUUUGAAUCAACUAAUUUUUGUCUUCACAAUUUAAAACAUUAAAUAGAUAAUAUAUUUAAUACCUCUGAUUAUUCUGGGCUUUGACCACACCUUUAAACAGAUUCCAAAUUAAUCACAGUAAAGUAAGCAAAUUUAUUCAAAGUAAACUUUGUUUCAGGAGUGCCCCCACUCCAAAUAGAUUUUAAGACAGAAAUGGGAAAGGCUUUUGAGUUAUUUCAUGGAGAAUCAUUAUCUUUAGAAAAGAUUCACAUCAGAAUGGCCAACUUCACCUGGGUUUCUGGAUUCCCUGGUGCUGCUCCUAACCUGAACUCAGAGUCUGCUGCCAUACUGAGGCAAGAGCACUCAGGGUGAAUGCAGUCAGGUGACUUUCAAAGUGUCUUCUGUGGUGAGGCCUUCAGUGUCUGGCUGAAUGCAGAGUAUGCUGAAGUGGUGAGUCAGUGGUAAGUUCUUCAUCACUAACCUUGUUUGCACUUUUGUACACCACUGCUUGCACUAGUAUCUUAGUGUGAAUUUUAACAAUUGUUUUACAGUGUAUACAGAUUGUUAAGCAUUAAUUUAUAUAAAGAUGUUUCUGUUUACCUUUAUGUAUUUUACAAAGAACAGCUAUAAUAGAUGGUUAAAUGUUCUUGAAUUGUGUUUGUGUGUUAUUUUGAUUAUGUUCUAUUAUCUUUUUACCCCCUAUGAUUUGAGUGUCAGAUAUAGAAAAAUAAAAUAAUUACCUGGUCUUUGAAA